AUGGUCGCGCUCCACGCCAAGCAACCCACGCCUCGUCUCCUCCCCGCGCCACCGAGCCAUGCCCGUCGGCCCCCGGCAGCGGCGGCGGCGGCGGCCAAUGUACGCCACUCUGCGCCGCCGCCUGACGUCGUCCUCGACUGCAAACGGUUGGACGGGCUGAUGAAGUCCGGGAGGCUAGGGGACGCCCUGGACCUGUUCGACCGGAUGCCUCGUAAGAACGUCGUCGCGUGGACCACGGCCAUCUCCGGGUGCACGCGGAACGGGCGCCCCGAGGUGGCCGCGGCCAUGUUCGCGGACAUGCUGGAGUACGGCGUCGCGCCCAACGACUUCGCGUGCAACGCGGCGCUGGCGGCGUGCGCGGCCGCGGGUGCCGGCGCGCUCGGCCUCGGCGAGCAGGUGCACUCGCUCGCCGUGCGGGCGGGCUUCGCCGCCGACGCCUGGAUCGGGAGCUGCCUCAUCGAGCUCUACUCGAGGUGCGGCUCCCUGCGGGCGGCUGAGGAGGUCUUUCGCCGGAUGGAGGCGCCGGACGUCGUGGGGUACACUUCGCUCGUCUCGGGGCUCUGCAGGAAUGCAGAGCUCUAA